AUGUCAUAUGUCUUUCUCGUUGCCGCCUCGCAUCACAAAGCCGCAUUACACGCCUCAAGACGAAAGCUUCCAUUCCUGCCCGGCUUGGACCUUCUGGGACCCCUCAUGGACCGGCUGCGCCGACCGGAAUCGUUCGAUGAUGUGUGUGCAGAAGGGCUGUUCCGUGCCAGCACUGCCCCGGCGAUCCUUGCCCGGUGGGGAGCCAUCUUCAUGCACGGUUUGCCAGGUCUCCUUGGAGCCGGUGGCUUUCGCCCUGAAAAGAUACCGACUAAGCAGGAGGUGCUCCAAGCUGGAUCGUGCAUCUUCGAAUCGUCUUUCCACGCGGAGCACGUGGACGUGUUUGUAAGCCAUCGCUGGGGGUCUGCCCGCUGGGCAAAGUAUCUAGCACUGUGCCUCUACUUGAACCUGCCAGCAGCUGUCGGGAGCUCCCUGACGACCUGGCUUCUGGCCGCUGCCGGCAUGAUCGCAUACACCAACCAUACAGGUAAUCUCCUGUUGCUGCUCGUUUUGGUUGGUUUUCCCAGCGCAGUUUUUGUUAUUGUCUUCUUGUUUGGCCAUCACGUUGUACAUCGCUUGCGGCCCAUUUCAAUGUGGGUGGACCGAGCGUGCAUUCACCAGACAGACCACGACUUCAAGCAUCGUCAGAUUGAAGCACUCCCCGUCUUCGUCGCACGGGCCUCCUCCAUGCUUGUCCUUUGGGAUGACGAAUACUUUCGGAGGCUUUGGUGCCCGUUAGAACUGGCUACCUUUGCACGGUACGGAGGAGCUCGCAAGGUUGAUUUCUUACCGCUUUGGUUGGCCCCUUGGCUGUUGUCAACAAUCGUGGCCAAUUCUUUGGUGGCCGCAGGCGUGUGCAUGCUGAGUUAUGGCAUGCCUGAAACCUUCGCCGCCUCUGUCACAGCAGUGUGUGCCAGGAUGCUACCACGGAGUGUUAUUGAUUCGACAUCCGGAGCGCUUGGCACAUAUGUUGCGUGGGCUCUUUGGGAUGGGUUGGCUGGAGCGAUGUUGGGCACAUUGGUAUCGAUUCCAUGGACCAUCGCUUGCAAAGCUAAGCUGCAAAGCCACGCGCUGAUGCUCGAGCAGAUGGCUUGCUUCGAGUGCCGGGCGGCACAAUGCACGAUCGAGGCUGACCGCGUACUUGUGGAGCAGCAGGUCCAAAGACUUUUCAAGCCGCGACAUGACGGAGAACCUGUGGUUCAGACGACUUAUUGUUCUCGAAAUGACGAAAAUCUACAGAGAGAUUCCUCUACAUGCCAGGCGGAUCCCGAGACAGCGUGGAUCCGCCGCAACAGUGUCACUAGUACCCAGGCUGAUCAGGAUGCGCUGGAUGCUUUCAACAGCUACCUUCGUGGUCCACUUCGCUGUUGGGUGAUGGAGAGUGUCGGAAGUCAGCUGCACGUGCCCUACCGCACAUGCUUGGUGGCUACUCUGCCCAUUAUCUUCUAUAGCCCUGUGAAUAUUCUCCAAUGCGACGACGAUUGCAGAUCCCGCUACGGGUUGCCCUCUCUUCAGAAAGCCGUCCUCGCGGAGAUGCUAAGUUGGCUCGUCGUCGGCUUGUUGGUUUUCCCCACCUUAUAUCCCAUUCUUCUUCGGAUGCUGAAGCAUGUCUUCACCGUCCAACAACAGACAUUGCAAUUCGUCUUGGCAGCCCUCAGUGCCAUUCUGACCUUUACGUACGGCUACCUGUGCGCUGGAACGGUGUUUGAUCUUGCGUAUGGCAUGUUCCAGCUGGGAGGGAUCAGCUUGAUGCUCUACGUCAUGCUGUUAAUUCUCCUCCUCCUGCAGCUGCGGUGCCUCUUCGGCACGGAUGGUGCCGUUACAAGCGUUUCGGUGGAUGGAUCGUACCGGAUUCUGCAUACAGCAGACACCUUCAGCAUCUAG